AUGGCGCCGUCGAACCAAUUCGGAAAGCGUGUCAAGUUGACGCAAAUCCGACGGCCGUUUGUCAUUGGCAGCACGGCGCUUCCUUUCUCAGACUCCAAUCCACGACCGCCGGGAACGCCUGACAACCACACGCACUCAUGGCAGGUUUUUGUACGGGGCAUGGAGGACACGGAUAUCACGUAUUGGUUGCGGCGCGUCCAGUUUAAGUUGCACGAGUCUAUUCCGAAUUACGUUCGAAUGGUGGAGGGAGAGCCUGGCAAGCCAUUCGUCGUCAAUGAGACGGGAUGGGGAGAAUUUGACAUCACAGUGAAGCUAUACUAUAUCAACGACUCCGGAGAGAAGCCUCAGACUCUGUACCACUAUCUGCGCCUCCAUCCGUACGGUAGAACCGAAGAGGAAAAGCAGGCCAUGGUGGCAGCGAAUGGCGAGGUCCGGGCCUGGAGCUACGAAGAGCAAUUGUUCAACGAGCCAUACGAGGCAUUUUACCAGAUCUUGACGACUGGCGCCGUGCCCAAGGGAUGGAAACCGGCCGCAGGAGGCAAAGGAGGCAAGGGCAAGGGAAAGAACCGCGCACCGCCUCCACUCCCGGCGCCGGACAGCGGCGAUGUUUGGGAGCGGACGGCCAUGAUACCCAGCGCAAACCGGCCCGGCCAGCCGUUCAGUCGGGAGACGGAGGCCGCCGAGGUCAAGAAGCUUUCGGACGCGCAGCUCAAGACAGACCAAAUGGCUAAGCAGCUUCUGGCCGAGCUGAAGAAGAAGGAAGAGCAGCUGGCCAAGCUCAAGGCAGAGAACGCGGCCGCGGUGAAGCCUUCUUAG